UGACCAUUUUUGCUCCCUCGUACUCUGAAUCGUCACUUUCCAUCCACUCUGCACCAUUGCAGCCCUCACAAAGUCAUCAAGCCAUGAGUAUGGGCCUUAGAACGUCUCAACCACUGCGAAAUCAGAGCCACCCAUAUGUUGCUGCACAGACAAGCUCCUUCCAGCAGCCUUUACGCUCUCCUAGGACCGCAGGCCAUGCCAAGAAGACAUCGCGUACUACCCUCCGACAACCUGGUACUGGUGCUGAUAGCAACACCAAUUUUGUCGUCGCAUACAGGGCCAUUACCCUCGCCGUCCAUGUACCCACCGUCUACACCUUUCCUGUCCAAUCCAAAGCAUAUGUUCAUGGAAACUGUAUCGAACUUGUUUGAUUCAGUUGACAGCAGCCGUAGUCUUAAAUAUACCCUGGAGGAACAGAUUCGUAAAUCGGCCCAAUUGCUUCAAACACUCCAAGCCAGUGGCACCAUGAUCGAGAAUCUUGUUCGAGGACAAUUCAAAGAGUUGGAGAAGGGCGUCAUUGAGCGAUUUGAGAAUGAGAUUGAGCAUCUGAAUGCUCGUGUUCGACAACUUGAAGAACAUCAAGGAUUAACACCUCCACCCCCACCACCAAAAAAGACAAAAGUAGCAGCAGCUCCAGCAACAACAGCGGCAUCAACAUCAGCAGCACCAACAGCAGCAACUGCUGUACCGUCUACCUCUCCUUCAUCUGCAUCCGCCAUGACGGGCAUUGCAACAUCCUUGAACGGGACUUCAGAGACCGCGGCUGGCGGAUCUGUAUCAGGACCAGAAUUAAUGGAGACAUCAACUGAGCCAUCAACAUCUGCAGACCAAAUGGGUCAUAAUAACUCUUCACCGAACAGUGGAACUUUGCCUACGCCUCCAUUGACUAAAACUCAGGACCCUUCCUCAGCUAUGGAAGUAGAAGAUGAGGAAGAAAGAGAAGCGAAUGAGCCAAGUUCAAGUUCUUCGAUCAAGAACCUACAGGACCGUGUCACCAACCUGGAGAGUCGCAAGGACUGAUGUGCAAAGGAAACGUAGUGCAGUGUACAUGU